AUGGCUUACUCAAGGGAGUACCCGACCAUCUUGCUCGGGGUCAUCCUCCUGUUUUGGUUUGUGAAGCCCACCCUCGCCUUCGGCGCUGGUAACAUUGCCGGGAUUUCUAGCAUCGAGGGCCAGAACUGGCGCCACGGUGACAUCGAAGAUGCCCUCCUCAAAGUCAUGAUGGCCCGCGCCGUCGGCGGCAAGAGAUUCGACAAGCUGAUGGUCUCCCGCGUCUACUUUGGCAACUGGCUCCGCGACUACUCCCAAGCCAUCGACGUCGGCACCGUCAAGAGCGUCUCUGCCGAGGCCAUCAGGCUCCUUCUCUGCGUGCUCGGAUUCAUUACUUUCGGCUACGGCAGCAAGGAGUUCGAGGUGACGGCCGACCGUCUGGGGUGCUACCGUCCCGAGGACCACAUCGACAACCCAAAGGACUAUGCCGAGAACGAGGACGCCAGGCAGUACCACCGCGCUCUUCGCGGCCCGGUCAACGAGGAGGUCGAGCUGGCGAUCGACCCCGAGACGGGCAUGAAGAAUUACAUUGCUAAUGAGAACAUCGGGAUCAUGACGUCGGCUGCGCACUGCAGGAAGCUGUUCACGGAUGCGAUUGAGCUUGGGAGGAGGUAUGGGAGGAGUGGGAACAAGGAUGAUUUGUAUGAGUGCCUGAGGUUGAUCGGAACUGGGUUGCACUGUCUCGAGGAUUACUUCGCCCACAGCAACUACAUCGAACUCGCCCUCAUCGAAAUGGGCGAGCAAGACAUCUUCCCCCACGUGGGCCGCAACACAAAGAUCUCCCUCGAGGGCGCCAACGACGAAGUCUACCCCAUCGUCACCGGCACCUUUGGCGGCGUCGACUUCUUGCACUCGGUCACGGGCGAGGUCUCGGACAAGCUCAUCCAGAGUGAAAUCCAAGACCUGGAGAACACGCUCGAGCAGUCCAAAAACUCGGACCUGUCCUACCUCCGCGAGCUCCUCGACAAGAUCCCCGACGGGCUCAUCGGCGGCGACAAGAAGAACAAGGUCAACGAGAUCCAGGACAAUGCCAACGCCGCCCAGAUGGAGCAGACGAGCAUCUCGCCCAAGGAGACGGAGGAGUUUACCCGCCAGGUCCAGGACAUCUUCCGGCAGAUCAUGCCCGCGAUCGAGUAUCACGACGACUUGCUCAAGAGCAUCUCGGAGGCGGUGUCUAGGAUUCCGAUUCUCCCCAAGAUUAUCGAGCAGCUCGAGGAGCAGCUCUCGUUGUUUGUGUUUCAGGUCAUCGCCCCGUUUGUGAUUCCGGUUAUCGAGCAGAUCAAGAACGAGCUCGCGACGGGCGCGACGGAGAUUAUCGAGUCGAGCAAGAACGAGCAGCACAUUGUUUUCGAGGACGAUGACGCUUCUGAUCCUACGCACUCGAUGCUGUCGAAGGAUCAUUUUACGAACAUUCUCAACGAGGUUGCUGGGCGGGCGGCGUCGAAGGUUGUUUCCUGGUCUGUGCCGCAGCUCAUGGAGGCUAUCGAUGACGAGGGGGUGGAUGUCGAUCGGGUUCUCAACAAGAUUAUCUAUGGUGUGCUCCACCACCCUGCGCAGCGGAACACGGGGCCUGACGGGGCUGAUGAGGGCCGGAGGCUGAUUUAUGGGAUUGUGGAGGAGUGGUGGAAUGAUAUGGGGCGGGGUCAGCAGGAGGAUUAUAGGCGGAAGCUGAGCAGGGAGGGGGUGGAGAAUGGGGAGAAUCAUAGGGAGGGGGAGAAGGAUUGCGGGCAUGGGUGUGGGGGGGGCGGGUUGAAGGUGAAGAAGAAUUAUGCUAAUGCUGCGCCGGAGACGAUGGAGGAUCGGAUUGCCGAGGCGGCGGCCGGGCAUAUCGUUGCGGGGGUGAAGCAGAGCUUUAAGCAGGCGGCCGAGAAUGCGGGGACUGGGGAGGGGGGUGGAGGGUUGGGGGGUUUCUUGAGUAGUGUGGCGGGCAAUAUUUUUAACUCUGCUAGGCAGGAGAGGGAGAGGGAGAGGAGUGAGCAGCAGGAGGAGACGCCUAGCUAUGGGGGUGGUGGGUAUAGGAGACAGGAGGAGGAGGAGACGCCUAGCUACGGCGGCGGCGGUGGUUAUGGUGAGGCUGCCAGCUACGGCCGUCGUGAGGAGGAAAGCUCCGGUUAUGGCGGUGGCUACGGCCGUCGUGAGGAGGAGAGCUCUGGAUACGGCGGUAGCUACGGUCGUCGUGAGGAGGAGAGCUCUGGAUACGGCGGUGGCUAUGGUCGUCGUGAGGAGGAGAGUUCAGGUUAUGGCGGCGGCUAUGGCCGUCGUGAAGAGGAAAGCUCUGGUGGCUAUGGCGGUGGCGAAGCUGCUAGCUACGGUCGUGGUGACUAUGGCGGCUACGGUGAAUCUAACACCUACAGUGGUUACGGUCGCCGGAGAGAUGACGACGAGGAGGAGGAUGAGGGACGUCGCCGGUGGUAA